GCUUUAAGAACAGAGUCUGCGCAAUGAGAGCCCGAGAAUAGUGGUUGGUAUGCGUUGAAAUUCAACCAGAGAAAUAUAGGUAAUCAUUCUUCCUGGGAAUAAAGCACGGACACAGGACAUAAGACUGGAACUCAAACGCGGACUGAGGGGGGAAUUUGGGGACAGUCAUGGCGGGGCUUGGAGUGAAGAGGAGGAAAGCGGGGCUCCCUGGUUUUUGCUGGAAAACCUGCUACUUUCAUAUUUUAUUCUGGGUUGUCUCGGUCUGUGGUGAAGAGAAGACGUUCAUCGUUGAGACAUGGCUGAAGAACUAUGGCUACCUGCUUCCCCAUGACAUCCGAACGUCAGACCUGCGGUCAGAGAAAGCCAUGCAAUCGGCAGUCGCUGCCAUGCAGCGAUUCUAUGGCAUCCCAGUGACUGGAAUCCUGGAUCAGACCACCAUAGAAUGGAUGAGGAAACCUCGAUGUGGCGUUCCUGACCACCCCCACAUCAGCCGACGGAGGCGGAAUAAACGCUACGCCCUGACGGGACAGAAAUGGAGAGACAGAAAGAUCUCUUACAGCAUACACAACUUUACCCCUAAAGUGGGGGAGAAAGACACGCAGAGAGCCAUACGGCAGGCCUUUGACGUGUGGCAGACGGUGACCCCACUGACUUUCCAGGAGGUGGCCUACUCCGAGAUCAAGAACGAGGGGAAGGAGGCCGACAUCAUGAUCUUUUUCGCCUCUGGUUUCCAUGGUGAUAGCUCUCCCUUUGACGGGGAGGGGGGGUUCCUGGCCCAUGCCUACUUCCCGGGCCCUGGGAUCGGAGGGGACACUCACUUUGAUUCGGACGAGCCCUGGACACUAGGCAACGCUAAUCAUGAUGGUAAUGACCUUUUCUUGGUGGCGGUACAUGAGCUUGGGCACGCCCUGGGACUGGAGCAUUCGAAUGACCCCAGUGCCAUAAUGGCUCCCUUCUACCAGUACAUGGAGACACACAACUUCAAACUGCCCCUCGAUGACCUCCAGGGUAUCCAGAAAAUAUACGGUGUCCCUACAGCCAUGCUGGAGCCUACACGGCCACUGCCCACCUUGCCCGCUCGCCGAACCCACCCCACCUCAGAGAGGAAACACGACCGUCAGUCCCGCCCGCCACGUCCGCCCUCCGGUGACAGGCCCUAUUUCCCCAAUGGCAAACCCAACAUCUGUGAUGGCAACUUCAACACCGUGGCCUUCUUCAGACGCGAGAUGUUUGUCUUCAAGGACCGAUGGUUCUGGCGACUGCGGAACAACGAGGUGCAGGAGGGCUACCCGAUGCAGAUUGAGCAGUUCUGGAAAGGUCUACCGCCCCGUAUCGACGCCGCCUACGAGAGAUCGGACGGCAAAUUUGUAUUCUUUAAGGGUGACAAGUACUGGGUAUUCAAAGAGGUGACUGCUGAGCCCGGGUACCCCCAGAGUCUGGUGGAGCUGGGUAACUGUCUCCCUAAGGACGGCAUUGACACAGCACUGCGCUGGGAGCCCGUGGGCAAAACCUACUUCUUCAAAGGGGACCAGUACUGGCGCUACAACGAGGAGAAACGCAUGGCCGACCCCGGCUACCCCAAACCCAUCACUGUGUGGAAGGGCAUCCCCGAGGCGCCGCAGGGAGCCUUCGUCAGCAGGGAGGGCUUUUAUACCUAUUUCUACAAAGGGAAGGACUACUGGAAGUUUGACAACCAGAAGCUGACCGUUGAGCCCGGCUACCCCAAGUCUAUUGUCAAUGACUGGAUGGGCUGCCACCAAUCAGACAUGGAGAAGAACAAGGACCGGCAGCUUCCCCACGAUGAUGUGGACAUCAUGGUGACCAUCAAUGACGUGCACAGCACUGUCAACGCCAUCGCUGUGGUGAUUCCCUGCAUCCUGUCGCUGUGCAUCCUGGUCCUGGUCUACACCAUCUUCCAGUUCAAAAACAAAGGGGUGCAACAGAACGUCACCUACUACAAACAUCCUGUCCAGGAGUGGGUAUGACAGGCUUAGGCAGCGCGCCGCCGCUUAUGAUACGAAACUGCUCUGAGAGGGCUACAAAAACUCUGAGCACCAUGUGACCAGUGCCUGUCUUGCACAAACCCUUUGCGAGAAGGGAAGGAGGGGGAUUAAGUUACUCCCUUUCAUCCCCUGUCAAGGACCUCUAGAUGAACAUCGCCAAAAUUGAGUAUGUUGAAUAUUAGCAUGAGGCGAUGCAUAGGACGCUGGGAGGCUUUGAGGGUAAGGACAGAGCACAGCAAAUCAGAUUUCUCUGCCUUUUGCGCCUCGUCUAUCUGUUGUCCAUUCUUAUCUGGCUGUUUCAGUGGGGGUUGUCACACAUACUUUACCUCGAUGGGACUCCUAUACACUUUUUUCUCAGGGGGAGAGAGAGGGGGAGCCUACCCUCACAUAGCCAGGUACCAGUAAUCUGUCUGAGUCCAGUAUCAACUUGUACAUGAACUUCAAGUAUUAUCAAGUCAAACAAGAUAUUUAAAGAAAAAAAUUAAACUUGAACAAAAAAUGUAUUAGAAAGGCCAUAGAAAAGAAUACCAAGGAUAUCUGUGGAUCAUUUAAUCUUUUCUGUUAGAGAGCUUUGAGUUAUCAAGAGAAGAAACUUUGUACAUCGCAAAUGAUAAAUGUCUUCAUACCCAGACCUCUGCCUCUAGCGAUGGACUCACCUAAGCUAGAGGACUGAGACUACAAGUAUGUCUGUUGAAGGACCACCGCUAUACCAACAUCCCCCAGCACAGACUCCCUGCUCCUCUGUCUGGACCAAGGGGCGUAGGGGAGAGCGAGUUAGCAUUUAAAGACAUUGGUCACAGUUAUCUUUCUUAGAAUUAUACUUAGUUUUUCUUUUCUUUUUUACAUGCCCCAAGGCGUAGAGGAGUACCUAUGCCCGUUUCAAUAGGCUAAGCACGUCAGACCAACAUUGACUAGGCACAAUGAACUGCUGUUGAGGCAGCCUGAAUUCAACUCCAUACCCCUCUUCAUUCCUCCUUAUUUCUCUCUUCCUCCAACUGUGUCGCUCUCUCUUUGUAUACAGUGCCCUCCGUAAUGAUUGGGAGAGUGAAGCAUUUUUUCUUCUUUUGUCUCCUCUAUACUCCAAAAGUUUGGAUUUGAAAUCAAACAAUGACUGAGGUUAAAGUGCAGACUGACCGCUUUAAUUUGAGGGUAUUUUCAAUCAUAUCAGGUGAACGGUUAAGAACUUACAGCACUUUUUGUACGUAUUGCCCCCAUUUUAGGGCACCAAAAGUAUUGGGACAAAUUCAUGUGUAUUAAAGUAGUAAAAAGUUAAGUAUUUGGUCCCAUAUUCAUAACACUGCAAUGGCUUGUGACUCUACACAUUUGUUGGAUGCAUUUGCUGUUUCUUUUGGUUGUGUUUCAGAUUAUUUUGUUCCCAAUAGAAAUAAAUGGUAAAUACUCUAUUGUGUCAUUUUGGAGUUAGUUUUAUUGUAAAUAAGAAUAGAAUAUGUUUCUAGAAAGUUACAACGCACAAAUAUCAUACCCUCCCUAAAAAAAUGCUAACCCCCCUGUUAUUCUAAUGGUGAGAGGUUAGCAUGUCUUGGGGGUAUGAUAUUUGUGUAUCUGUAACUUUCUCACUUUUCAUUAUUCACGAUUCAUACCCUCAAAUUAAAGAUGACAGUCUGCACUUUAACCUCAUAGUCAUUGUUUGAUUUCAAAUCCAAACUUUUGGAGUAUAGAGACAAAAAUGUUAAAAAUGCUUCACUGUCCCAAUCAUUACGGAGGGCACUGUAUCUAACACCCUACAUUUCAUUGAAAUGCUGUCCUCAUGAUCUAAUUUACAGUUUUGUUUUUAACCUCGCUUUCAAUAGGAAAGAUGUUCAAUGGGAAAGUGAUGUUUAAAAGAAAGAUCCAGGUAGAGUCUUUCUGCACUGGGGUGCAUUGGGUACACUGGAGUAAUUACCAUACUUUGUCUAUCUCUGUAGGGCAGGGCAGGAUUUCCUGAGUUCAGCUGUUUCUUACCCUGAUAAAAACAAAUACACAGAUGACCCAUGAUAAAAGCAAAGUUAUUUCAUACGUUCCAUUCAUUUCCCUGUAUUUCUAUUCACUGCUUUUGCUACAGUAGAGAAUUAUCAUGUAUUCAUCUCACCCAGAUAAUAAUGUCAAUGCAGUUGCCAAGACUGAAACCAGAUACAGCUGUAGGAUCUUAAAUCUGAUCUUUUGUUGCAGAGAAUUUUCCUGUACAGUAGGGAAUGCAAACUUUGUUUAUUUUAGGUUUUAAAAACGCCUCUAAAGUUUGUAAUUUCCAGAAACAUCUACAAAAAUAUCCGUUAAUUAUAAUCCACAUAAUUCAUAUUUCCCAUUGCUUCAGGAUUCUUUUCCUGCUGUAGCAAACUGUCUCAAAUUAAGAUCCAGGAUUAAGAUCUGUGUAGUCCUUGAUACUGUAUUUUCCGACUUAAUUCUGACCCCAAUGGGGUUUGGUACCACACAUCAAACAUGUAGUCUUUAGAUUUUUUUAUUGACUUUUAAAAGUUUUUUUUAUUUGCUUUAUUUGCUGUUGAAAUGAUGUAUUAUUAUUAGCGAAUAUCCCACUCUGGUUGUAUGUAUCCUAUCGAGCUAGCCUAAAAAUGAAUAUACAUUUUUUGCAAUCACAAAUAUGAGGAAUCUGUUGAAAGGAGACUUGAUUUUGUCAUUUUGUCAUUGCAUUGACAAUCUGUCAAAUUGUUCGCUGUUGUUAAAAGGUUUUGCUUAUUUAAAUGAUGAAACAUGA